AUGGGUAUAAACAAUCCAAUUCCCAGAUCUUUAAAAUCUGAAAGCAGCUUUGUGAAGCCAAACCAAUUUUUUGGCGCGGAUAAAGUUAUUCCACCUGAAGUACUAAAAAGUGCCAAGGGCCUCGCUAUUAUAACUGUGUUAAAAGCUGGGUUUCUAUUCAGUGGAAGAGCCGGUUCCGGUGUUAUAAUAGCACGUUUGCGCGACGGAACUUGGUCAGCACCUUCCGCGAUAGGCUUGGCAGGUGCAGGUGCAGGUGGGCUUGUGGGUGUCGAGUUGACAGAUUUUGUGUUUAUUUUGAAUACAGAAGAUGCGGUCAGGUCGUUUUCUGAAUUUGGCACCAUCACUUUGGGUGGGAAUGUAAGUGUUGCCGCAGGUCCGCUAGGUAGAAAUGCAGAAGCGGCUGCUUCUGCAUCUAUGGGUGGUGUUGCUGCGGUUUUUGCUUACUCGAAAACUAAAGGUAUUUUUGCAGGUGUUUCUGUAGAGGGAUCCGUUAUAAUUGAAAGAAGAGAAGCAAAUCGGAAAGCCUACGGUGAUAAAUGUACCAGUAAGCUAAUUUUGAGCGGACGUGUGCGACCUUCUCCAGCGGCUGAUCCUCUUUAUAGAGUAUUGGAAUCUCGGGCGUUUAAUUACGGUCGGGGUGGUAAUCGCGAUCGCGAUGAGUAUGAUGAUGAUGAAUUCUACGACGAUAUACCUUCUUCAUUCGGCUCGAGUGAUGCCGAUUCCUAUCGGGCGAACACGAGAUCCACCCGCAGAAGAGGAAAUUCUGUGAGAUCACAGAGAUCUCAUGAUGACGAUUUUGAUGACGAUUUUGACGAUGGUGCAGACGAUGUAAACGACUAUUACUCGCGUGCAAGGAGAAACAGGACGAACACGCGUUGGGAAGACGACGUUUACGAUAGAGACGUGGAUGAUUUAUCAGGGAGACUACAUAGUACAAGGCUUUCGGGCAACACCCCUUCUCGACCAAGGUCUGAAAAGCCAGAUUUCGGUAUGUCCCAAGCCGUCUCACCUUCAAGAAGUUCUAGAGCAGCUUCUUCUGGAGCACCUAAAGCAGUUGCCUUGUACAGUUUUAAAGGUGAGCAGGGAGGUGAUUUACCAUUCAGAAAGGGAGAUGUCAUUACAAUCAUCAAGAAGUCAGAGUCUCAGGACGACUGGUGGACUGGAAGAAAUAAUGGUCAGGAAGGAAUCUUCCCUGCCAACUAUGUGGAACUUGUUUAA